AUGGCUGUUGAAGCUCGCCAUCACAAUCUAUUUCCUCCACAGAUUCUCAGCAAUAGAGAAACAGCGAUGAAUAGUAUGGAAGGCAUUGGCAAUGUAAAUAUGUAUGGAACUCCAUUAGGAUACGGAGUGGUGACGCCACUAUCCGGGACAACGACGGCAACGGAGAAUAUUGUGCCGAUGUACAAUUCGGCUACUACGGAUUCUAUGCCGGCGAAGACAGCUCCGAUGAAAUCCGAGAGUGAUCUCAGUUAUGCUGUAUCGAGAAAGCGAUCAAGUGAUGCAAUGAAUCCUUUGCUUUCUUCAUUCCCUGGCGUUGUUCAGAAUCAGAAUGCAAAUUACCGUUGCGGUUCUUUCACUUUUCUCGGCGAAGAUAUUUCGUUUCAGAUCCAACAGCAACAGUUAGAAAUCGAUCGCUUCAUUGCUCAACAGACUGAGAAAGUAAGGAUGGAAAUAGAAGAGAGACGAAAGAGAUAUUCGCGUAGAAUCGUGGCAGCUGUUGAAGGCAACAUAAUGAAGAAGCUGAAGGCAAAAGAAGAUGAAAUCGACAAAAUUGGGAGAUUAAACUGGGCGUUGGAAGAGAGAGUGAAGUCCCUGUGCGUAGAGAAUCAGAUAUGGAGAGAUUUAGCACAAACAAAUGAAGCCACAGCAAACACUCUGAGAUGCAAUCUCGAGCAAGUUCUCGCUCAAGUCCAAGUCGAUCAAAACCAGCACAAGGAAUUAACCGACGACGCUCAAUCUUGCUGCGGCAGCAAUAUCGAAGAAAUCGAGCGGCAAGCACUAGCAGAGUGCACAGAAACCAAUGCGCACGGCAUCGAUUGCAACGACGGUUGCAUUUGUUCUGGCAAUAUUGGGGACAAUAAAGGUUGGAAGAGCUGUAGUUACAGUAAUAGCAGCAGGAACAGAUUGUGCAGGAACUGUGGAAAAGAGGAGUCAUCUGUGUUGCUUUUGCCUUGCAGACAUCUCUGCCUAUGUACUGUUUGCGGAUCAUCCGUCCAUACUUGCCCCGUCUGUAACUCCUCCAAAACCGCUAGUCUUAAUGUAAACUUGUCUUCUUGA